AGAGCUGCUGUUGUAACCGUCUGAGUGUAGACCGUGGGUGGAGUUAAUGCUCAGCCACAGCGACGCUGGCAGAUAACGCGUUUUGUAGUUAAUUUGCUGUGAUGCUUAUUAAACUAACUAACCUCGCUGUGUGAGGACUGGUAGAGCCGGCAGCACAAGGACAGGUUUGCCGGCGUGCUGAAACGCUGCGGGAUGCCCCGGGGAGACUGCUCGGGGCUCUCCCUGCUGUUUUUUUUCUCAUGCGCUCCGCUUCUCAGGGGAGCGAGAAAGGGGUUUCCGUGCGCUCCCGAGCGUUUUUGUCUAGGUAAAAGGAGCGGGGCGGCAAGAAGGGAUAACGGCCCCUUUUCCGGACGCUUUCCCCCGGUACCGGUGGCCGGGCUGUAGCGCGGUUCCUGGCGCGGCUCUCGGUCGGACCUUUCGGGGUCUCGCUGAGCUCUGCCACCCGCGCCAGCUUCCACGGGGGACGCUUCUCCCGAGCCCCGUCCCUCCGUCUCCGCGCUGGGCAGAGGGGCGAGGGCUCUCCCGUAGAGGAGGUGGGGGGGAUCGCGGCUGCGGGGGGGGGGGGCGCUGACGAAAGUUCUCCCCGCCGCCCGGGAAGGCCGUUCGUCCCCUCUGCCGGCGUCGGGCACGGAGCGGGGCCUGUACCCCGCCGUAGCGGCCCGCUACCCCCGCCGUAGCGGCCCGCUGCUAGGCAACGGCGGCGGGGCGGGGGGGGGGGCGCGCGCCUUCCGGUUCCGGUCCGGGUCCGCCGCCAUGGGUCGGAAGAAGAAGACGCUGCACGACUACGCGGCCGAGUUCUCGGAGCUGUCGGUGAAGCGGCACCUCCUGGAACGGGGCGGCGGGGAGGAGGCGGCGGCGGUGGUGGAGACGCUGUACUGCACCUCCUGCCAGCUGCCCAUGCGGGUCCGCCGCGACCGCAUCCUCGAGCACCUCUCCUCCGGCCGCCACUACCGCAACCGCCGCCUGCUCCGCCAGCACGGCCUGCGCGCCCCGCUGCUCCUCUCUGCAGGUCCAGGCGUCGGUGCCGGCCUCCCCCUGCAGCUCGACGCGCCCUCCCUGCUCUCCCAGCCGUCCUUCGUCCUCGCCACCGCCACAGGCUCGGUCCCCUCUUCGCCCUCCUACCCCGAACCGCUGGCUGCCCGCCGACCCGUCGUCACCGCCGCCCCCAGGGAAGACCCGACGCCUUCCACCUCGGCCAGCCACCCCUCGUCUCUCACCGCCUUCCACUUGAGGAUCGCCCCUGCCCCCUCGAAGCAGGCCGGCCGGCGAGGGGCCGCGGCCGAGGCCUCCGACGGCCCGGCGCCCGUCUUGCGGCCCGGCAGUGGUGUCGGUCUCGCCCUCUUCGGCAUAGGCCUGGUUAACAAAGCCUUCUUCCAAAGCCUGAUGGAGGAAAACGGCUGCUGCUUGCUUUACGUCGUGGAGGAUCAGCUGGAGGAGGUGGAACUCACCUUCGGCACCGAGUUCCUGGCUGGCACCAGGGUGCUGCGGCAGCAGGACGCCGAUGUCGCACUCAACGACCAGCGAGUCUCUGGAGCCAUUAUUUGUUCACCCCCUGAAGAAGCCUCUGAGAUUGUAAUAGACGCUUUACGAGCGGGAAAAGGUGUGUUUUGCGAGAGGCUGCCCAGUUUUGACAGGCAGACAGCAGAAGCUUGUUUCGAUGAAGCUGACAGAUGUGGAAGACCACUGGUGUGUGGAUUCUACAAGCGCUUUGACCCAGCGCUGCAGUUCUUGUACAAGAAAGUCCGUGACAGCCAGGCGCUGGGGAGGAUCCACCGGAUAUCAACAAUUAGCAGCAUAUAUCCAGCAGCAUCUCUGAGCUUCCUAAAAACAUCAGGUGGAAUUUUUUAUAAUGCUGCUGUGCACGAUAUAGAUAUUAUCAGUUUGUUGUUGGGAGAGAGUGCACCAGAUACAAUAUUUUCACUGGGACAUGCAUUCUGUGCAGAUAUGGCCUACUUGAAGGAUGCAGACACUGUAGCGGUCAGCAUGAAAUUUCGUAGCGGAGCAAUUGUUACUUUGGACGUCAGUCAGCACUGCACUAAAAGCUGUGAUCAGAGACUAGAGGUUCACGGUUCUCAAGGAACAUUACGGGUAGAUAAUCAGAACCCCCUGGGGAUUACAGAGCACGGGACUUCAGUAUCCAUAUAUUCACAGACCCAAGCUGAUCGCUACAGAGAUGCACACAGGGAGCUCUUCCGACACUUUCUGAGAACCCUGAAAGGCAAGGAACCCCCCGUGAUAACCAAAGAGCAGUUUCUCUGGACGAUUCAGGUCGCUGCAGCUGCUGAACAGUCCUGGAGAAAUGGAUCUGCUGUUGACUUGCGCAGCGAAGCAAUAGAUUCGUCUGUAAUCAAGACUGAGAUAAUGUGACACACGCUGCUGUGUUCCGAGGUGAAGGAUAACAGUUAAGCUGUGCUACAGUGAGGUCUUUCCACCUAGUGAUGUCUCUGCUGUAGCCUUAAAAUAAGACUUGUGGUUUCCGCCAGGAAUGCCCAGAAGACAGAGGCACUUUUGAACGAGAAGCGCUUGGUGCUGAGGCUGCAGGUGUUUCUUAGCAUGUCAGCCAAAGCCCUCGAGAAAUUCUGGGUGGUUUCAUCCAGACGGCUUUUCCUCUCCAGGGGAGAGCUCUGCUGGCUACUGAGCUCUGUUUUUCUGGGAGAAGACUGGCACUCCUCGGGCUGUGGUAAGGUGUUGUAGACCACCACCAGCCGUGAUGGGAACAGUGCGAGCGAGUGGCUUUCCCCACAGCUUCGCAAGCGAGACGACGUAAUGCUCCAGAAAAAUAGGGGAGCAUCUGUCUGGUCCAUGCUCAUUUCCCUUCAGUAUAUGCAGGAAUGUGACUUCUGUGCUGAACUCGCCUCUGGGCCUCCUAUUUAUUGUUUUGGUUGUUGUUUUUACUGGGUUUUCUAAAUCUUUUUGAAAAGAAGUUAUGAUCUAAUUUUCUUGGGGGGUGGGGAGAAAAGAUGAAAAAGCAGGGAGGGAGGCUCCUGACUGUCCUGUCGUUACAGAGACGAGAGACUUCGUAGUAAGGCCGUAAAUUAAGGCUAUUCUGUAGAGGAGCAACGUACUUGGGCAUUUCAGUAAUAAACACUGCAUUAUUAAAGGGUUUCUCAGAAUGCAAUCUGUGAAUUUGCACAGCGGCCCUGUACGACAACUGUUACUGGGACACGCGGUUGCUGGGCGGGUUGUUCAGCACCGGGGCUGAGCGUUGUCUGGAUUACUCGCUGCAGCAGCCGGGUAGCUCUCUAGAGGCCGGUGUUUUCCUUGCUUAAGUGCAAGUGUUGUAUGUUAACAUUUUAGUAGCAAAAUUGAACUAAUAAUCAUGUUCUUUGAGUGUAGGAAGGGCAUCUAAUUGCGUAUUUUAAAGGUGGGGUUGUUUUUGGUUUUUUACAGUCCAGCAGAUUUGGAACACACACCACAGAAAAAGAUAGUGCCUUUAACAACAGGCAAGCCUGCUUUUAAACCAGGUUCUUUGUACCUUUUUAUUCUUGUGUUGAGUUUAUUACAGAUGUAUGGAUUUGACUAUUCUUGUCUGUUUCUCACACGCCAGUUUUCAAGAUCUUUUGAAAGCUUUUUUUAUUGUAUUAAAAUAAUGUUCUUGCCAUGAGUGUAAGUUUAUAAAUGACACUUCUUGCAAGAUUCUUUAGUUCAAUCAAUUUCCAAUUCCUACAUAUGGAAUAUAUAUUACUAAAACUAGAAAUAGCGCUGACAUUUAUAACUAAAGGCAAUUCUCUCGUGGUAAUUGGUUUUAACGGUGUAAUUUUUCAAACUCAGAAAAGCUAUGUCUUAACGAUAAAGAUUGCUAUCAAUUUC